AUGCAGUUCACCAUCUCCACCAUCGCUCUUAUCGCCUCCAUGAUGGCAUCCACCAGCGCCAUGCCCCUGGAAGCCCGCGCCCAGAUGUGCAACGUGGCCCCCAGCGCCAGUUCCGGCUCUGCGACCGCCAUUUCUACUCCCACCGCGGCCACCGCCCAGGUAUGCGAGGAGGCUUGCGCUGCCAACAGUGCCUGCAAGUCCUACGUCUUCGGACUCCCUACCGGUGCCUCCAGCCCUACCUGCAAGCUCUUCUCGGUAGCUGCCUCGCAAAUCCCCACCCAGGACUCCAAGCUCGUCGUCUUCGACAAGGCCUGCACUAAUGUCCCUAACACGGCUCCUACUGCUGCCAACCCCGUCGGCACCGUCGGCUCCAACACUGGCUCCAACACUGGUUCCAACACUGGUUCCAACGCUGGUUCCAACACCAACACGGGUGCCAAGACUGGUGCCAACGCCGACACGACCAACAAGCAGAAGCAGCAGAAGCGUGACGUCUGCGGCGCUGCCCCCAGUGGCCCUGCGACCCAGAACCCUACCCCGAUCCAGACCCAGACCAACAUCGCCAGCCAGGACGCCUGCCUGGCGCUGUGCAAGAAGACUUCCGGCUGCCAGUCCAUCACCUUCAGCAAGGCUCAGUGCAAGCUCUUCAACGUCGCUGCCUCCAAGCUGCCUGCCAACGGACAAGCUGUUGCUUUCGAUGUUGGCUGCUAA